AUGAUGAUCGUCGCCACCAACUACUUUACUAAAUGGAUCGAGGCCGAAGCUCUAUCCUCUACUAAAGAAGCCGAUGUGGAGCGAUUCAUCUGGAGAAAUAUCAUCCGCCGGUUCGGCUGCCCACAAUCGUUGGUCACUGACAAUGGCUCACAGUUCAUUGGCAAGCAGAUCACCGCCUUCUUUGCGAAAUACAAGAUCAAGCAACACCUGUCCACUCCAAGGUAUCCACAAGGAAAUGGGCUGGCCGAGGCAUCCAACAAAGUCAUAUUAGACUGCUUGAAGAAAAGACUAGAAGGCGCCGAAGGGAAAUGGGUGGAUGAACUCCCCGGAGUACUAUGGGCUUAUCGCACCACCAAACUAAGGUCGACUGGCGAAACCCCAUUUUCCCUUGCCUAUGGAACUGAAGCGAUCAUUCCUCCUCACGUCACUGUCCCCUCUAUAGGCAUUGAAGUCGGCAGUAUAGAGCAGAACUCCGAGCAGAUGAGACUCAACCUUGACUUACUUGAAGGCAAGCGCGAGAAGGCCAUUGUCCGAGUCGCCUCCUAUCAACAGCGGUUGAAGUCCUACUACGACAAAAGAACCAAGAUCAGACAGCUUCAACCUGGCGACCUUGUGCUAAGAAAGGCCUUCAUCACUGCACAAAGACAAGGGUCUAAGAAAAUAAAACCCAAUUGGGAAGGCCCUUAUGUGAUCAGCCGGUCCGGGGGCAGAGGAAGCUACACGCUGGACACCAUGGAUGGGAAGGAAAUACCAUGGCAAUGGAAUGCCUACCAUCUCCCAAAUUCAGUUUCUCAUUCCAAAUGUCUCAUCUACCCACAAAACACAACUGUUGUCCAUAAGCAACGUCCUUCGGAGACGCAGGGCAACGACCAGAAGCGUCCUUCGGAAGACGCAGCCCAUAAAAAGCGUCCUAAGGGAGACGCAGGGUGUGCCAGGAAUUUCCUAAGGGAGGAUGGUCACACAGUUGCCCAUAAGCAGCGUCCUUCGGGAGACGCAAGGCGACGACCAAGCCAUCCUAAGGGAUAUGCAAAACACGCCCGGAGCCCAUUAAGGGGGGCCUUGGCACUCGCCAACUUCCUAAGGGGAGCUAUCCUAAGAGAUAUGCAGAACACGUCCGAAGUCCUUCAAGGGGAACCCUGGCACUCAUGA